AUGAGCAUGUGGAAGGACAUCGUGCGGCCUGCACUGGAGGAUGACUACGAAGUCGGUCACGUGCUGGGCAAGGGCACGUACGGCACGGUGCGCCUGGUGAGGAAGCGCGGCAGCGGCGAGCCCUGGGCCUGCAAGACCAUCUCCAAGAACCAGCUGGUCACGCGGCACGACAUCGAGGACGUGAGGCGGGAGGUGGAGCUGCUCAACCUGCUCACCCCCCACGACAACAUCGCGGGCGUGGACCGGGUGUACGAAGACUCCAACUCGGUGCACAUCAUCAUAGACUACUGCGAGGGCGGGGAGCUGUUCGACCGCAUCACGGCCAAGGGCACCUUUUCCGAGCAGGAGGCCGCGUCGGUCUUCCUGCAGAUGGUGGAGGUGGUGAGGCACUGCCACAGCAUGGGCGUCGUGCACCGAGACAUCAAGCCCGAGAACUUCCUGCUGACAGACGGCAGUGAGGCGGGUGAGCUCAAGGCCUGCGACUUUGGGCUGUCCACCUACUUCAAGACGGGGGAGGUCAUGCGCGACCUGGUGGGGUCGGCCUACUACGUCGCCCCCGAGGUGCUGCACCGGCAUUAUGGCAGGGAGUGCGACCUGUGGAGCCUGGGCGUGGUGCUCUACAUCCUGCUCUGCGGCCUGCCCCCCUUCUGGGGCAGCACGGAGGCCGAGAUCUUCAAGUCCGUGCUGGAGGAGGAGCUGGAUUUCCAGACCGCGCCCUGGCCCGCCGUGUCCGAGGGCGCCAAGGCCCUGGUCAAGGGGCUGCUGGACCGCGACCCCGGCGCGCGGCUCGGCCUCGCAGACCUUGCCAGGGAUCCCUGGCUGCGGGAGCGGGGAGGGUCGCGGGCCGCGCCCCUGCCGCCCAUGGUCAUCCAGCGCAUGAAGGCCUUUGCGCGCAUGACCAAGCUGAAGAAGGCAGCGGUGCUGAGUGCCGCCAAGUACCUGACCAAGGACCAGAUUCAGGGGCUUCGGGAGCUGUUCAAGUCCUUUGACGAGAAUGGGGAUGGCGUGGUGAGCUUUGCUGAGUUUGAGAGGGGGCUCGCAAGCCGGGAGCCAAACAUGGCCUUGCUCGAGAUCCGACAAGUCAUGGAGGAUGUAGAUGUGGACGGCAGCGGGAGCAUUGAUUACGAGGAGUUCAUUGCGGCCACUGCCAACCUGAGCCAGCUGGAAAGGGAGGAGACCUUCAUCAAGGCCUUCCGUGACAUGGACAAGAAUGGGGAUGGCACGCUGACGGCCGCUGAGGUGGCUGAGGCGCUCGAUCAGACCGGCAGCAUGACUGAGGAGGAGGCUCACAACCUCAUCGCCUGCCACGACCUGAAUCGGGACGGCGUGAUCGACUACGCAGGCAAGGCGGCGAGGGAUUCUUCUCCGAAGUUUGUGUCCAUGCUACGAGCCGGGGAGGACUCUGGUGGUAGCGACAGGAGCCUGCGCACUAUACACCGCAAACACAUGGUGUACAGUUUUUGA